UCGCUCCCUUGCCUUGACCCAUUGAGUCACCUGACGUUUUAGCUUCUGCCUCUUCCUGCCCCUCUCUGGUCUAUGGGAGGGGCAUGGUGUUCACAUGCUCCCUCCGUGUGUCCUGCUGACCCACCAGAGCUCCAGGUAGUGUAUCUCCAGUCCUGCGGAGCCUGGUGUCCCACUGGCCUGAGUCCCCUGAGCAUGGCUGCAGGAAUUCUCUUCCUUUCCAUGCCCCGGCCCCUGCGGCCUGGCACAUGCCCAUGGUCACUUCAUUCCUGUUGUUCCUGCCCAAAGAAGGCGGGACCACCCUCCUCCUCCCCCCAUCCUCUUAUCAUUCACUAGCAUCGUAUGGGGAGUGUUGGGCAAGCCACCCAGCCCUGUUCUAGCCCCAUUAGGCGCUCACUCUGCUCCCCUCGUCAUCAGAGACCCUUCCAGCAACCUGCUAACCUCCAUGCCCGCCUGGGCUUCUCUUUCUGGCUCCGCCCCUCUGCCCCACUCAGGAGGGUGCUGUGUAGUCUCCAGCAGUCAGGGUAGUUUCUGGGGGCUUUUCGGUGUGGGUUGCUUGCUAGCUUCCUGACUCCCGCGGAGAGUCCUGGCCUUCGGGCCAGCCAGCCUGCCCUCCCUUCCCCCCAGGGCAGGGCUCUGGAAGGGGAGCAGUGGACUUUGGACUGCUGAGGGUGCAGCAGGCUGGGAUUGUGCUCUGUCCUUGGCGCGUCCCUGCUGGGGUCCCGUUCUGCCUGUUGGGCUGGCCUGGUUUGGGGCCCGUCAGCUUUCCCAGCCCCACAGAGGUGGGAAGGCUGCCUAAGCCCCUGCUGAUCAGGGCAGCUUGUUAGGCCCAGUUAACUAGGUCAGAGUUUGUGCAAGUCCAGCAGCAUGUGUGGAGCCCCUAGCCACAGCAGCUCCAUGCCUAGCAAAUGUGCACCAAGGUCCCCAGAUUUGCUGGGGUCGACAAGUCAGUGCCAGGGUUCCGGCACCUUGGAGAACCCCUAGUUAGAGUGGCCCUGCGUUCGACCCAAGGGGCACUGAGGACCCUGUACAUCUGGGUCUGCAGAGGCCCCAGCACUGCUGACUACUUCAGUUAACCCCCCCUCAACGUUACUCUCCUGGACACAUUUUCUGAUCUCUUCACCGCCCCUGGGUGGGAACCUCUUCCAGGCCAUGCAGCCUUCAGGCAUGCUCCCUCGAGGCGAGUGGGAACAUCUGCUGGCCUUCAGUGUGACAGGAACCGCCGCAAGUGUAAACAGAACACCAAGAGCUUAAUUCUAUGGACACAUCCAUGCCCUACUGACUUUCUCUGGCUGUCUAAGGCCUCUGGCUUCAUUCUGGACCCCUCAUGCCUCUGUCAGUCUGUCACCAGGGCUGUUGUCAGUGUCCUCCCGAGCGCCCUCGUGUGCCUGAGGUCACUCUUCAGUGGCCUGCCUCAGUUAUCCCUUUCAAGGGGCUUCUUGAAUAAACUCUGCCCCGGCUUUUCUAUCCAAUGAUGCCCCUUCCCUGAGGUCUAGUCUAGUGGCGUGACACUGACAAGUAAACAAGUCUUCCACCCCAGCCUUACACUCGGCGCAGCGCCUCCGCCCUGGCACUGUCUGCUUUGCCUCCUCCCCAGUGGAAAUCCAGCUGGAAGAGUUCUUCUAUGAGCCGCUCGCCCAAGCUUGCCAGCUGGAUUCUCCCUUCCCCCUGCUCUUUUCGGGGAAGCAGCUGAUCCUCGCUCACCUGUGCCACCUAGAGUUGGCUGACUCCAGGCCUCUACCUCUGAACAAGGAAAGAGGCCUCUUCCAGCAGCUCGGCCCAUGGGAGCCCGGUGGAGGGAUCAUUUUGAAAGAGUUAACCCUUUCAAGGUUCCGUUGGCAUACAUGGCACCGUGAGCCCAGAACCCCUCUGGCCUGACUGAGUCGGGUCAUGGGCCUGGCCCUGUUAAGUCUGGAGAUCCGAGAGCCAAGGUGAUUCCGUGCCCAGUGUAAGUAGCAUUGAAUUCUGUCUGGGUCAACCAAGUGCAGUGCCAAUAGUCGUGCGCCAUCAACUGGCAGAAGUUGCUCACCAAAGUGGCGCAGUGCCCAUCAUGAGCAGCACUGGCGCCCAGUGCUGAGGCUGAAGUACGUGGCCUAGAGUGCUCUCCGUUCCAGCAGGCAGAGUGAGAUCCAGCAGGUGAUGUUGGAGCCAGACUUCUCUCUCGUCCUCGUUUGAUGUCUCCGUUCCAGGCCAGCUACACCGUCGAGCCCUUGCGGGUUGCUGAGUGCACCACACAGCUGACAGACCCUGCACUGCCUUCUCGUGCCAGGUGGAAUCCUGCCGUUCUCCCACACUUAGUCCAGGCCCAGGGUACCUACCAGCCUUCCUGGGGGGCUGUGACCAGUAGGGUUUGUUCCCCACAGCAGGACUGGAGCCUACCCAGGGAAAAGGGCCAUCACCCAAUGAGUGUCUAUGUGCAGAUCUCCUUACCUCGAGUGUAGUGGGCCUGCCCCUUAUCCACGACAUCCCCUCUGCACACAGGGGUUCACUCUGCUCCCCAGCAGCCUCUGCCUCCCUCCCCUGGUCUGUUCUUUGACCACCCCAAAGCUCUUUGGUUCAUCUUGGGUUUUACCCUUGACCAGGAUCUGCUCUGCCUGGGUCCUGGAAGGUCCAUCUGAUUCCUGUAGCGCUCUCUGCUCCUGACCCGCUGCAGCUAGCAUCUGUUUCUGAGCCAGGAAGCGGGUGCCAGUGGCUCUAGCACAGGGUGGGCAGCUUGUCACAGUGCUCAGGCUAGCUGCACCUCUCCCACCACCCGGUCUCUUCCCCACACACCCUCCAGGUGUCAGCCGGCUGCCCUCUCCCUCUGGUCGGGGAAACGUUGGUUUCUCUCUCACAGACAGCGCUGACAUCCAGCACUGAAUCAAUGGUGGUCACCUUAGGAGGUCUGACUUCGCUGGGUCCUGCAGGUCAUUCCCUCCGGGCAAGGCCAGUGGGAACUAGCAAGCAGCAGCUCCCCGGAAGCAGAGCACUGGUAUGUAGAACGAAACACUUCAGAGCAAACUGAUUGGAAACACUGAAGCAUGUGGCCUGCGGCACUAGUUCUUCCCAGCCCUGCCAGGCACCUGCUCGCCACAGCCUCCCCUCCACGAGGGGUUCUCCUCUUCAGUCUCCUCUGGUGCUCGCCUUCCCAGCCUGGCAAGGCAAGGUUUGCAGCACCUUGGAGACAAGACCCAGGAUCUGUGAAGCUGCCAGCUGCCCCAUUGGCUUUCCAGUGUGUGCCUUGGCAUUGUGAGCUGGGAAGCCAUUGCCUUGCCUUCCAUUGAAUUCAAGCAUCAGGGUCUAGUGAACAUCCCCUAACCCAGUCCAGGUUAGAUCAGUGUGUUCGUAGGUCUCUGCAACUCCCCAUCUCUCAUGUCCAUGCCGUUGGUACAGAUGAGGGUUAUUGGUUAAUACAAAGCAGUCCCUGCAGGAGUCCUCUCCUCAUUACUUACAGCAGCAUUUCUGUCACACCACUGUCCCGGCCUGGGGUUUCCAAGGCACCCUCGGGUGCCCAGGGCUGCCUCCGCACCAGGCAGAGGCUUGGCUUGGCCAGUGCCAUUGUGCUGUUGCUCUGAUGCUGAGCCCGGCAUCAGUGCCAGGGCAUCGAAAGGUUGUACCAUGCCUGCUGCAGAUCCUAUAGCACAGUCAUGGCAGCUGCCCAGGCCUUGGUGAACCCAGCUUGGGGUGACAGUCUGGCUUUCCCAGCUCCCUGAGAGGGGUGGGGAAUAGUCUUUCACUCACCAGAAUCUGGGCUGCCAGGGAGCAACUGUGGCCACUGGCAAGAGCAGCAGGCUGGAGCUGUCGUGUCCUCCCCUGGGGAUAAAGCACCAGUCACCUGGGCUAGGUUUGCAGCCAGGCUCCAGCGCAGGUGAGAACUGCCAGCUACCCAGCUGUGUUGGCAUUGACUGGGCUGUACUAGUGCCCGUUGUGUCAGCGUCCUGCAGGGCACCAUAAGACAGAGGAGAGACUUGUGAGCUGUGUGAGCCCAAGACUCCAGUGCUGGUCACGCUGAAGGGGAUCUGCCUGCGUGGCUCAGAUCAGCCUGUCCCUGGCGUCUGGCCCGGGCAUUGCAGUGCAGAAUGCAGCCUCCUUUGCUUUGCCAUGACAAAUGCCGGAGCACAGGGAGCCACCCUUUGGGCACAUGGGUCCUGGAGGAGGGGUGAGGAUCACACCCCUGGGCAUGAGGCUUAGAAGCUCUGAUCUACCCUCCCGUGCUCAGUGUGCAGAACACUCGGUGGGAGGAACUGGAGGGUGGUUUGGGACGCUCCCCUUUGUCAUGCCCUCAGAUCCCUGCCCAGCCAGGGCGGGGCGAGGGCCCCAGCAGACGAGUCCAGAGGCUCGUGGUCCCACAGGUGUGACUGCAGAGGCAAGUCGCGUAGAACCUUGGGGACUGGUGACCAGCAUCUCCUCCGUCAGGCUGGUUCGUGGGCCACUGGCUCGACCGUGUUUAUUCCAGGCUGGCUCUUUGGAGGCAACAUGGAGACUUGUUGUCUUUGACCUGGAAGCACACGCUAGGUCUUUGGUAUUAAGUGACUGCCCGGCCUCUCCCCACCUAGCUUACAGCUUCUCAAACACCCCUGGGAGCCCUGGCUCCAGGCUGCCUAAUCCAGAGCCUCUCUUUUGCAGAGCGCCAUGGCCCCAGCCCCUUCCCUGCACCCACAGCUGGGCUCUGGCAACCAUCUUCCUGCUGCACUUGCCCUUGGCAGGGCAAGGAAUGGAGAAAUCCUCUCCAGCUUUGCCCCUGUGGUCACCUCUUCCGGUCCCCUCGUGUUGUCCUUGCUUCUCUGGGGUAGGACGGCAGUGGGAUUUCCUGGUGGCGUCUUCCCCUCCCGUCAGGGCAGCUGAGGCUGUGGUGUAUAUCUAGGAAAAGCUGCUGGAGGCACCUGACUGCCUAUGGUGUCCUGUACCACAGGGUCCCCAGCACCCCCGGCUAUCGCUUCUCUGAUCUGUAUAGAACAGGGUCUGGAAACGGGUAGGACGCCCAGUGCUGCAUGCAGACCAUGUGUCCAGUGCGAGGAGCGGCUGUACCCAGCGGGGAAGUGGGCCUGCGUCACCAAGGGGGAGCCGAUGUACGAACAGAGCAUCUCCAUGGGCUUCAUGAAACUCAUGCGCUACAUCUGCAAGGAGAACUCCACAGGCCGCUACCUGGGCAUGACGGUGCCUGUGGUGAACGAGAUCCGCCUGAGCGAGGGGGGCACCGAGCUGCUGCGGGACAUCACCACUACCUAUUACCUCCCAGGGGAGUUCCAGCCUGACCCCCCUGUGCCCACGGACCCUGACAUCCGCAUCGUGGAGAGACAGCCGCUCCGCGUCCUGACCAGGGUGUUCUACGGGGUGACGACAGAGGAGACGAUCCUCCGGGAGAUCCGCCAUCUUUGGGAGCUGCUGGGCUCCACAGACACCGUGCUGCGGGAAAGCUACAUGGUGGCUGCCUAUGAGAACCCCAGCAUCCCGCAGCGGCGCAAUGAGAUCUGGUUCAUCCGGCGAGCAGAAUGAGUGCAGCGCAGCCCUGCGCUGGACACCGGGCCGGGCCCCGCUUUCGAUGGCAGUUCUGGCAGAAGGAGAUGAAUGCACAGCCUGACGCACGGGUCACCGUAGAAGAGUGCCGCUGCCCUGGGCCCGAAAGACCUGCUCUGCACCCAGUCCCGGGAAAACUAGCAUGUGCCAAAUGGCUGGCCAGGAUCCACCCCACGCCUGCAGGGGGCACUGUGGCAUCGUGCACUGAAAGCAGCGGGUGUCUGAGGGGGGAGUGUGGCUGGGCAUAUGGGGGCUGACUGGCCAGGCUGGGUGUUUAUGCCUGUUUGUGCCAGGGUGCAGGUCCGGGCUCGAGGUGUCAGUCCUGACUUGAGUUUGCAGUGCUGGGCUUGGCACCGCUGCCUAUGCAUGUGGCUGUGGUUGAAAGAUCCCUUGGGCGAUGGCUGGGGUGGCACCUCCUGGGGCUCUGUCUUCAGUCCCUCCGUGGCACAGGGUAUUCCUCGUGUCCUGCCUGCUGACCCCCUUCGCCAGCAGCAGGGAGGGUCUGUCCUGCAGCCAGUGGUCAGAGCCUUGGCUCGGGGGGCCUUGCCCUGCUCUGAGCAGGGCUGUGUGUAUCCAUGCCCAGGAACAGAGACUGGUGGUGCCUGCAAGCAAAGCUGGGAUCCUGUAGGACUCUCCUUCGUAUCUGCCCAGCCGUGUGCCUGCUGCAGGCAGCCCCUUCCUGUUGGUCAGCGCCCACCCUGCUGCUGCUGCUGCACCUGUGGCCACCAGGUGUUAGUCCAGCUCUCCGCCCUGGGCUGAGCAGAGAGGGGCAGCAGCUGGGUCACUGUGUGUUGUGUUGUGCAUUGAUUGGUUGGUUUCACACUCGUGUGCUGCUGGGGGAGGCUGGCAGCAUGAACCUGAAAUAAAUCCAGCUCAAACCAC